AAGCCAUUUCACCUUCUGCAAAAGCUAGUUUUUUUGCCGAUUUUGCCGCGUCUGGUUCCAAAUUGCGGAAAAUUCGGAGGCCUACGCGAACCAGCACGUCUGGCUUAGUGCGAGUCUCGUACUGUUACCUUAACUGGAUUGCGAAUUCGCGUGAAAGUCACAAAAAGUAAAUAAGCAGUUAUUUUUUUCGAGUGAAUGGGAGUGUGUCGUGUUUGGCAGAGGCGUCAUUCUUGUUGCACAUUGCGCUCUCUGUCCGUUGUGUAGCCGCCUCUGGUUCUGGGACUUAUUUGGCUUGGUUGGGUUGUUCGGAAUACCUGAGUUUCCAUUCCCAAGCGCUUUGAUCUCUGCAGAUCCCUGAUUUCUUCAGGGGAAGGCCCUUAUCUGCAAACUGCGAUUGUGCCAAAUUAAAAUCUCCCUUAUGUAUCCUCCGUUCGAUUUGGAAAUCGGCAUUUGCAUAUCCCGUGAAACGAAAGCGGUUGCGGGCGGAAAUCAGAGGGCUCUGCACAAGGAGCAGGAGGAUUAUUUGCCGUAGAACCGCAGACGCGGGAGGAAGGCCGCCACGUUGGAAGGAAAACGGCUUUUCACGGCAGUUAAUAAAUUUUUAACUGGUUCAACAAUUGCCCGCGAGUUCCGCCAGCUUAUGACGAGGAACACGGCGGUGAGUGGCGAUGAACCCGACGAGGAGCAGACGCCAGUCGCUGGCACCGAAGGGGAGGAUCAAGAGAAUCUGGAUCCACAUCAGGACGAGGCAGGCCAGGAUGUGCCAGGACAGCCCGGUGAAGAUGGUCACAAGCUGAGCGGCGAGCAGCAGCCGUCGUCACAUCAACGCCGUCAAAGGUCUCGAAAAAAACCAACGACGCCGCAGGAGAAGCAACCACAACGAACUGCUGCCAUUCCCCAUCCGGAGCAAGCGGAUGCGGACACGGACUCCAGCUCCUGCGAGGGCAUCAAAGUGGGUCAGCGGAGGAGCACGCGGGUCAGCUACGCUCAAAAGAACCCCGACGAGCAGGAGCUGGAUGACUACGACGAAGAGGGCGAGUACGGCGAGGGGGACGAGGAUGACGGAGAGGAGGAGGAGGAGGAGUCAUACGAUGACUAUGAACAGUCCUCGAGGCCAAGUGGACGUCCUGGACCUCCUUCACGCACAGCCCUGAGUGUCCGCAGCAGACGCAAGACAAAAACCCGUCAGACUUCCUACGCCUCUCCGGAAUCGGACUUCGGCAUGGGCGAGGAGCAGCACUUGGUCGACGACAAGCGCCGCUGCAUCUCCAAGGGCCAGAUGAGGGAGUUUCGCGAGGCGUUCCGGCUGUUCGACAAGGACGGCGAUGGGUGCAUCACCAAAGAGGAGCUGGGCACUGUGAUGCGAUCGCUGGGCCAGUUCGCCAGGGUGGAGGAGCUGCAGGAGAUGCUGCAGGAGAUCGAUGUGGAUGGCGAUGGCAAUGUCAGCUUCGAGGAGUUCGUCGACAUCCUGUCGAACAUGACGUACGAGGACAAGUCGGGUCUGUCGUCGGCCGAUCAGGAGGAACGCGAACUGCGCGACGCCUUUCGGGUGUUCGACAAGCACAAUCGGGGAUAUAUCACAGCUUCCGAUUUGCGGGCGGUCCUACAGUGCCUGGGCGAAGAUCUCGACGAGGAGGACAUUGAAGAUAUGAUCAAGGAGGUGGACGUGGAUGGCGAUGGACGCAUCGAUUUUUACGAGUUUGUCCACGCUUUGGGCGAACCGGAGGACUCCCAAGAGAACGACGACGAGGAGGAAAACACCACAUCGCCGCUGCCUACACCCAAGUCGACCAUUUCUCUCAGUUACGAAUAAUUGAUAACGGAUUCGCAGCUAAUUUUCCCAUCUUGUCCACAAUAAUCGCUUGACAAGUUAAAGUAAAACAAUAAAUUUAACUGAUACCCGAGACGGACUGUCGACCUGCAAUAAUGUAAGUUCGGAGGAUAUCGUAUAUUACCUAUUGACUUAUCGAAAGGUUAAACAAUUAAAAUAGUUUUUCGACUACUAAGCCAACGUUAAUCGAUAACACAUCGAUUAAAAAGCAUUAGCCAAAUGAAUUAAAUAAAGCUCAUCAAAUUUAUUAAAUAAAUCAACGCACAGCUAAUCAAAUUAAAAUGAUUAUACAAAUAUAUACAACGUAAUGAAUAAUCAAGAAUAUCCAAAAACAUAACCGACAAACGCUUUACUUUACAUAGAUACAUAUAUAUUAACUUAACACUAGCUCACAUUUUGAAAUCGCUAUCUACCUUUCCACUUUAAUCGAAAUGGAAUUAAAACUACAUAGCCUUUAAGCAAGUAAGAUAACCUACCAUUACUACUAUGUCCCUAGGUUUUGUCAACUGAACAGCACAAAUACAUUGUACUUCAAGACAUAUCAUUAAAGAAGGCGUUUUGUAAACCCCAAUCAACAUAUCCUUAUAAAUAUUUACCGACUACAUUCUUUAGCUGCCCCACACCCUUAUUACCUCAUCCCACUUCUCCGAUUUUUGACUAGCAUCAUCUAAUAUGAACAAAUUUAAUUUAUUAAUAAUUUAGGAAAUAUUUGCUCAAUUAUUGCUGCUGCCACAAAGCAACAAAGGAUAACAACACUAAAGCUCGCAAAUAUACAAAUUAUUUAAUUAUUGAACGAAUG